GGAUCCAAAAAAUGAGCAAAUGAAAACUUUCAUGGAUUUGAUUGAUUUUUUAAGGCCAAAGUUUGUGUUGAUGGAGAAUGUUGUUGAUCUUUUAAAAUUUCCAAGUGGGUUUCUUGGGAGAUAUGCUUUAAGCCGGCUUGUAGGGAUGAAUUAUCAGGCACGGAUGGGUAUGCUUGCAGGUGGAGCGUAUGGCCUCCCACAAUUUUGCAUGCGUGUCUUUUUGUGGGGUGCCCUUCAAGGAGAGAAGCUGUCACAAUUUCCUUUGCCAGCCCACAAAGUUGAUAGUAGAGGCGUCAUUUCCAAAGAGUUUGAGUGCAACAAUGUUGAUUAUGAAAACCAUGAUGUCAACCUAAAGGACACACUCUUUCUUGAAGAUGCCAUUUCCGAUCUUCCUAAGGUUGAGAAUACUGAGGGAUUUCCUGAUUACUACAAGCUUUGUGGCUCCAUCAAAGACAAGUACACACAAGUGGGAAAUGCAGUUGUUUUUCUAGUUGCCAAAGCUUUAGGUUACUCAUUAGCUGUCUCAUUCAAAGGCUUGUCUGAAGCAGCCGCCAUGUUUACAUUGCCCGAAGGAUAUGGCGCGAUUCAAGAGCUACCAGCUGAUCAAACCACUCCUUCCGAAUUUCCAUAAUGAAGUUUUGAAGGGACUACAAGCUAUGGGCGGAGUUUUGACAAAUAUUAAAGAAGGAAUUAAAAAAAUUUGGGGGGCUCGUCUUAUUUCGAGAUCCUGGAAGAUGUUCUGUAAGUCUAAGGGUAAAAAAGAAAUAAGUUUUGCCAGAGAUAUCAACAUUAGAUGGAAUAGUACUUACAAAUUGAUUGCACAGAUCCUAAGAUAUAAAGAAGAACUUGCUGAAUUUUUUAGGGAUGAACUUCGUAUAAUCAUUAAUCCUUUUGAAUUUGUUAUUGUUGAAAAAUUGAAUGUCGUAUUAGAAGUUUUUAAUAACGCAACUCUUACUUUUUCCCAUGUUUACCAACCAACUACAAAUACAUUUUUUAAAGAGUGCAUUACAAUCGCAACAUGUUUUCGUGAAAGUAUGGCUGAUCCAGAUUUGUACCCUUAUGUCUCUCCUAUGAGAGAUAAAUGGUGUACUUAUUA